CAGGUCCACCUCCGCCUCCCCAUGCAGAACUCCAUGAAAUGAAUAAAGCACCACAACCUAUAACAGGACCCCCCUCCACCCCCCACCCUGCCCCCUCCCCUGGCCUUUCACAGCCAUCGUUCCCCCCCGGGCAGCCCCCUUCCGUCGUGUUUGCCACCCCAACGCAUCCACAAAUGAACCCGACACCACAGCCCCGACAGUUUGCCCCAGGGCCCCGGCCUAUACAUCAACAGCCCUACUACACCAACAGGGCCAGCCUGCCUCCUAACAGCGGGCCCCGGGUCGGCCCGCCAAACAGCGCCCCGCGGCCUGUGACGCCCACCCACGUCUACCAGGCGGGCCCCGGAUCCCAAAUGAUGAUGAUCCCCAGCCAACAGUUGCCCUUCCCCAGCUCACCGCAGGGACCCGCCUACUUCAUACCGGGACAGUUUCCUGCUCGCUCAGCACCCUACGUGGCCACACCCCAGCAAUACCCAGUACCAGCAGGCACCCCAGGCUUCUACCCAGGCACCAGCCCGGCUGAAUAUGGUACUUACGCGGGGGCCUACUAUCCUGCCCAGCCUCAGUACACCCCCUCGGUGCAGGCAACACCCGUCAUUAUGAACCCCCCUCCUCAACAGCAGCAACCUCCACCUCAGCCUCCCCAGCACAUCCCCACCAAACGGGAACGUAAACAGAUCCGAAUAAGAGACCCAAACCAGGGAGGUAAAGACAUCACAGAGGAGAUUAUGUCAGGGGGCCGUAGCGGCUCUACCCCAACCCCACCACAGACAGCCAUAUCUGGAUCAGAAAGUACUGCAGUGGCCCAGGCCAACGGUGAGAGCGUCCCAGCUGCAUCUACACCAGCGCUGGUUAGACCAGAUGACAGAGGGAAACCUUCGCCUCCUCCACUGUCAAAGACACCUGAACUUGCUAAGGGUGACCCCAUCCCCACAGAGGCUUCCUCCUCUGACACCAACACUAAUCCCCCUGCACAACCUCUAAUAUCAGAAGUAGAGGAAACCCCUCUCAACACUAGUUCCACCUCAGCACCCAGCGCUGCAGAUGCAGACGUGAUGGAUUCUCCCCCACCUCCCAGGGAACCCACUCCACCUAACAAAUCAGCGCCUGAGGUUCCCGCCUACCCUGCACCCCUCCCCGACCCUGUCCCCACCUCUGCUGCACAGGACAAAACAGACAAGAAAGCCACAGAGGUAAAGGAGGAGGAGGUAAAAGAGGAGGAGAGUAAAGCAGAGGAAGCAGCCGCCUCUUUGGAAACACCCCUCGCUCCUUCCUCCACCCCUAACGGCGUGGCAGAGGAGGAGACAGAAAAGCCGUCGGUGACGUUGCCACCCUGCCAGUCGGAGGCCCCUCUGGAGUCUCCCAUUGCACAGCCCGAGGAGCUCCGCCUCCCCAACGGCCUGCCACUCCCGGCCCCGCAAGACCCAGAGGCCCCCACCGUCAGCACGGCGGAGUGCGACGACAGCCCCAUCGCUGAGCCCGACAUCGCACAGACCUCCACCACAGCCAUCACUCAAGCAGCGCCUACGCCGGACAUCGAAGCCACACCCGCACCUGUCGAGCAGUCGGCGCCAGCACCAGUUGCUCCGGAGGUUCCCGCAGAACCCGUCGUCCAGGCGGCGCCUCCCCAACCCGAGGUCCAAGAGAUGGUUCCUCCAGUCGAGCAGGACGUCAAAGAAGAAGAAACCCCAGUGACUCCACAACCCGACGCCGAGGAAGAGACGCUAUCUCCAGCAGAGACGGUUUCCAUAGCUGAGAGCACCCCAGAAACAGUGCCCACUCCCCCGCCUCCUGCAGCAGAGGAGAGGGAGGACACCCCUCCUCCACAGACGGUCACCCCCGUCCUCGUAGAAACUACUAUGCAAGCUGCUGUGUCAGUGCCAAAGAAAAAGAGAAAGAUGAAGGAUCUGAACAAAAAGGAGGCAGUUGGAGACCUUCUGGAUGCCUUUAAAGAGGAGCAGGUAGUGGCCCCACCAGAGCCCGAACCAGCCCCAGCACCAGAGACCCAGCCCCCUGCCCCUUCCCCUCCCGCCCCCCAACAAGAGGAGGCGGACAUGACCUGGGAGGACAAGGAGGACAAGCUGGAUGCCGAGAACAUCAAGCCGGAUCCUCAGUCGCCAACAGCCACCGACAAGAAGUACCAAUACAAAGAGGAAAAAUGGAUGCCACUCAACGCAGAGGAGAAGAAGAAAUACGACAGGGAGUUUCUUCUGGGCUUCCAGUUCAGCUCGGCCAGCAUGAACAAGCCCGAGGGUCUACCAGCCAUCAGCGAUGUUGUCCUGGACAGGGCUAAUAAGACCCCUCUACGCCAACUUGACCCAAGCCGUCUACAGGGGAUGAAUUGCGGCCCUGAUUUCACCCCCUCCUUCGCCAACCUUGGCAGGCCAGGCAUGGGAGGAGGAGGAGGAGGAGGAGGAGGCGGAGGAGGAGGCGGAGGCAGAGGACCACCUCCAGGUAUGGGCAUGGGCAUGGGCGGCCCACGUCGCUCCCAGCAGAUGCAGAGGAAAGAGCCGAGGAAGAUCAUCUCCAGCAUGUCCCUCGGCGACGACAUACAGCUGAACAAGGCGGAGAAAGCGUGGAAGCCAUCGGUGAAGAAAGUCACCCGCAAAGCCGCCGUGGAGGAGACCACCGAGACCACCGAAACCAGCGACGAUCCCGAGCAGAUGAAGACCCUGGACCUGUUCAAACGGGUCCGCAGCAUCCUCAACAAACUGACCCCCCAAAAGUUUCAACAGCUAAUGAAACAGGUGACGGAACUGACUAUUGACACUGAGGAGAGGUUGAAAGGAGUCAUAGACCUCACCUUUGAAAAGGCCAUCUCCGAGCCAGACUUUUCGGUGGCCUACGCCAACAUGUGCCGUUGCCUUAUGGGGCUUAAAGUCCAAACCACAGAUAAGCCGGGAGCCACUGUGAAUUUCCGCAAGCUGCUACUAAACCGAUGCCAGAAGGAGUUCGAGAAGGACAAGGAUAACGACGAGAUCUUUGAAAAGAAGCAGAAAGAGAUGGAGGCCGCUGCAGGGGAGGAAGAGAAGCAGCGGCUCCACGAUGAGCUAGAAGACGCCAAAGACAAGGCCAGGAGGCGCUCGCUGGGUAACAUCAAGUUCAUCGGCGAACUCUUCAAGCUCAAGAUGCUCACGGAGGUCAUCAUGCACGACUGCAUUGUAAAGCUGCUCAAAAACCACGACGAGGAGUCCCUGGAGUGCCUGUGCAGACUGUUAUCCACCAUCGGCAAGGACCUUGACUUCGAGAAGGCCAAGCCUCGUAUGGACCAGUACUUCACUCAGAUGGAGAAGAUAAUAAAGGAGAAGAAGACUUCCUCCAGGAUCCGCUUCAUGCUGCAGGAUGUGCUGGACCUUCGACGGAAUAACUGGGUGCCCAGGAGAGGAGACCAGGGCCCCAAAACCAUCGACCAGAUCCACAAAGACGCCGAGCUGGAGGAGCACAGGGAGCACAUGAAGGUGCAGCAAGCCCUCAUCUCCAAAAAGGAGUCGGGUGGCGGUCAGGGAGGCAGGAUGGGCGGCGGGGGAGGAGGUCAAGGGGGUCGCGGGGGGCCUCACACCCAGGGCCGCGGCGCCCCUCCCCAAGACGAGGGCUGGAACACGGUGCCCAUCUCCAAGAACCGACCGAUCGACACGUCACGCCUUAGCAAAAUCACGAAGACUCCUGUUCUCGACUUUAACAAUCAGCUGCUCGCUCCUGGAGGUAAAGGUACAUGGGGGAGCUGGGGGAAGGGGAGCAGUGGCGGCAGCACCACCAAACCUGCAGAUUCUGGCCCAGAGUCAGGCGGCCGUCCAGCCACCAGCACUCUGAACAGGUUCUCCGCCUUGCAGCAGCCUUCAUCCUCUGGCUCUUCACUGGACUCAGACAGAAGAGUUCCUCAGAGAAACAGCUCGAGUCGAGACCGCAGCGACCGCUUCGACCGCGGCUUCGACCGACGGGACGACCGCGACCGAAACCGGCUGCAGGUCACCAAGCGCAGCUUCAGCCGGGAGAAUGAGGAGAGGAGUCGGGAGAGAGAGCAGCGCGGGUCGGCCGAUCCAGUGCGCAGAGUCGCGAGCAUGACGGACGACAGGGACCGAGGCAGCAGAGAGCGAGCCAGGAGCAAAGAGAACAUGAAGAGGGAGAAAACGGCCACCCCUCCACCUCCUCAGACACCCACCAAGCCUGCCUUGACCGAGGAGGAGCUGGACAAGAAGUCUACAGCCAUCAUCGAGGAGUAUCUCCAUAUCAACGACAUGAAGGAGGCUCUGCAGUGUGUGCAGGAGUUGAACAGCACCCAACUGCUGUUUGUGUUUGUACGAAACGGUCUGGAAUCGACGCUGGAGCGCAGCGCCAUCGUCAGAGAGCGCAUGGGCCUGCUGCUGCACCAGCUCAUCAAGAACGGCUCCCUCCCAAAACAACAGUACUAUAAAGGGCUUGAAGAAAUCAUGGAGGUGGCUGAAGACAUGGCAAUAGACAUCCCCCACAUCUGGCAGUACCUGGCAGAACUGAUCACUCCCAUGCUCCUUGAAGGAGGCAUCCCCAUGGGAGACCUGUUCAAGGAGAUUUCAAAACCUUUGAUUCCUCUGGGCAAAGCCGGAGUCCUGCUGGUCCAAGUCCUUACUUUACUCUGCAAAGGAAUGAGCCAUAAAAAGGCCGGCACAAUGUGGAGGGAAGCGGGGCUCCGGUGGAAGGACUUCCUCCCUGAGGAUGAAGAUGUCAACAAGUUUGUGACAGAAAACAAUGUGGAGUUCACACUGGGCGACGAGUCUGAGAAGAGCAAAAAGGAUGAGCUGAGCUCUGCAGAGCUGACCAAACAGCUGGACCAUCUGAUCCAGGACAAGGCCGACAACCAGAGGAUCUUUGACUGGAUUGAGGCGAACCUCGACGAGCAGCAGACCUCCUCCAACAUGUUUGUCAGAGCAGUGAUGACUUGCGUCUGUCAGUCAGCAAUCGUCUGUGAGAACCCCUACAAGGUGGAUAGUGAGCAGAUCAAACAGAGGGCUAAGCUGCUGCAGAAAUACCUGAAGGACGAGCAGAAGGAGCUGCAGGCUGUCUAUGCCCUGCAGGCCCUGAUGGUGCAGAUGGAGCAACCAGCCAAUCUGCUGCGGAUGUUCUUUGACACUCUUUACGACGAGGACGUGAUCAAAGAGGAGGCCUUCUACAAGUGGGAGUCUAGCAAAGACCUCGCCGAGCAGCAGGGCAAGGGUGUGGCCCUCAAGUCCGUCACUGCCUUCUUCACUUGGCUCCGUGAGGCCGAGGACGAGUCCGACAACAGCUAGGGCCUCCGGGGAUCCGCAGGGGGGGGGGCGACUGGCGGCAUUUCAGAGAGGAUUCUUCGGGUCGGGAGGGCGAAUGUUCUGUGGAUGAUUCAGAAGAAUGUCUGAAUCAGCAAAAUCCUUCUGCAUAAACAGAAAAAAAGCAAGAAAAAAAUUCUUCAACUGGGAGAGAUUGUAUAAUGGAUCGAGCGUUCGAUCAUGUUGUUUUUUUUUUUGUUUCCUUUUUUGUUGUUUUGGAUUUCUUGUUUUUUCCUUUCGCAAACCGAAUGUCUUUUUAAAAUAAAUGAAAUACAGGAUUAAAUAGAGAGAAUAGAUAUGAGAGAGUAUACUGAGAAGAGUUACAAGCCGUGGGAGAUAAUGCUGUUUCCUUCAGUAUUUUUUUGAGGUUUAUCUCCUGUUUUCGAAUGGCUUUCCCUUGCCACGGCAACACUAUCCAAGACACUUUGCUUAAUGACAGAUUUAAAAAGAAAAAAGAAACUUUAAGAAGCUGUUCACAUCUAUAUUUUUGAUGACUUCAUCCUUCAUCAUGUCGACACAGCAAGACAACAUUGUCGUGUCACAUGUUCGGUGUUUGAUCUACAUGACACGCUUAUGUAGAUGGCUAGCUUUUUUUUUUUUUUUCUUCCUCUUUUUCCAGUGUUGGAUGAUUGGAGUGUGUGUUUUGUAAUAAAAUAGAAAACUACAAAGAAAAGCGGCGACAGAUAUCCAGAUAUCUAACGGACAUUUCAGAUAUGAGUUUAAGUAACGGUUAUGGACUCCCAAGGACUUAAAUGAGGACAGUGUCACUGAGGAGAGGGGCAAUGAACAUUGACCAUUUUGCUGCUGGGGGGGUGACAAUGCUUCCCUGACACCCCUCACCCCAACUUCCCACCUACCCUCCAAUGUGUCUGUUUUACUUGUUUCCUGCGCUUCAAAAAAAGAAAAAAGAAACUGGACUGAGAAAGGGAGAGCAAGAGUGAGGGUACAUGGUUGAACCUCCUUCAGAACCGGUUGGAUUUUAAAGAAGAUACAAUAUCAUUAUUAAAACUUGAAAAAGGUAUACAGACAAAAAUCCACUUUAUUGAAAAAGGACUUUUAAUAAAGGUAAAGUUAAAAAAAGUAUAGUUUAACAGUACGUCUCCAAACGCGUUUCCUGCUUCUGUGAGUAGAAAUGCAUUUCAGGAGUUCUGUACAUAUAUGAUGAAUUUUUUGUUUUGUUUUGUUUUCUGUUUUUUCAAAGAAAAAAUGCUAAUGUUAAUGCCAUGUAAUUUCCCGCCCCCACCACUUCUGGAGACAAAGUGGCAGUUUUCCCCUGUAUUUAUAUUUUUCUCUCCUCAGCUGGCAGAAGGUGCUUGCAAUUAUCCAACCCAAUUCAUUGAUUACAAUUUAAUUGAAAAUUUGUAAAUACUUUUUUGCUUUACUUUAUUAAAAAGAUAUUUAAUUAAAGAAAAUUAAUGCCUCUUUUCACGUCCAAAACUGGAAGAGAUAAUAAAGAUUGUUGCAA